AUGGCGUGGUGCGACCGCGGGAUACAGACGCUCCUGGCCAUCGCGGGCGCGUUUGCAGCCUUCAGCCUCAUGAGCAUUGCCAUCGGGACCGAUUACUGGCUCUACUCCCGCGCCUACAUCUGCAACGCCACCAACGUGAGCGCGGACGAGAGCCAGAUGCAAAGCAAGAAAGUGAAAGGUAUCAACAAAGGCAGCUGUUUCCGGAUCAACCACUUUCCGGAGGAUAAUGACUAUGACACGGACAGCUCCGAGUACAUCUUACGAAUCGUGCGGGCCUCCAGUCUGUUCCCCAUCCUCAGCACCAUCCUGCUGAUGUUGGGUGGUCUGUGUGUCGCGGUGGGACGCAUUUACAGCGGGCGAAACAACAUCCUCCUCAGCGCUGGCAUCCUCUUUGUAGCAGCAGGUCUGAGUAACAUAAUUGGCAUCAUCGUGUACAUCUCCAGUAACGCCGGCGACCCCAGCGACAAGAAGGACGAGGACAAGAAGAACCACUACAACUAUGGCUGGUCCUUUUACUUUGGGGCCCUGUCUUUUAUCGUGGCCGAGUCCGUGGGAGUGCUGGCGGUCAACAUCUACAUCGAGAAGAACAAAGAGAAUCGUUUCAGAGGCCGCCACGACUUAAUCAAGGCCACCUCUUCCUCCUCGCCAUACUCCCGCAUACCAAGUUAUCGCUACCGACAUCGACGGUCCCGCUCGAGCUCUCGGUCCAGUAUUCCAUCCCGUGAGCCGUCUCCGGUUGGAAUGAAGACAGGAGGUGUUCUGGGGAUGGGGGACAUAUCGCUGUACUCAUUGCCCCGGGACGUGACGGGAGGGAGGAAAAACUCAGGCCACUACAGUCCAGAGCAGGACAGAGAGGGAUUUCUACAGGUGCACAACUGUUUCCAGAAAGACCUCAAAGACGGGGGCAACAGAAGGACCACGCCCGUAUGA